AUGCUUUUAUGACCUGAAGAUUCUUGCAAAAACUUUUGGAGAGUGGAAGGAGUGUUGGAUUGUUUGCAGAGAAAGGAAGCUCAGCCUCAGAGCAGACAGUCAUGACAGGCAUUUACUGCACAAGUUGGUAUUCAGGGCUUGGAGAGCCUAUGUAUGCCAGCAGCAAGAAAAGAGGAACAAAUACUGUGUUGCAGAGUCUCAUGCAAAGAAGAAAAAGCUGCUCAAGACCUGGCAGUGCUGGCUGGUUUAUGUUGAUGUUCAAAGGACAAAACGUGAGAUGCAGACUGUGGCACUGGCAUUCAGGGAAAGAAUCUGUUUGUGCAUUUCAUGGGCAAUAUGGAGAAGACAACACUACCAGAACUGCAUUGGACGUAAAAUGAAUAUUGUGGCUCUGCAGCAUUGGGCCCAGAGCCUGCAGUUUCGAGCUUGGCUGCAGUGGCGAGAGCUGUAUUUGUACAGCCAGAAGGAGACCAGGGCAGUAACUCACCAUCAGCACUGGGAAUUGAAGAGGUGCAUGGAAGCAUGGCUGGGAUACUUAAAGCUCCACAAAGUAAAGAAACUUCAGAAUGAGCUGGCCCAAGGGUAUCACCAAAGCAGGAUGCUCCGGCGGUGUUUCUCUGACUGGCGCCUGGCGUGGGAAUGCAGGAGAAGAAUGCAGGCUCACCAAAGGGGCAUGGGAAAACUAGCAGCAAGGAUUGCCUUAUGGAGAGUCUUUGCACAGUGGAAGCACUAUGUCCUGUGUGCGGAGGAGACUCAGCACUGUGAGUUGGCUGAAGAGCACUACAGGCAUCACCUGUUGAAACUUGGGUUUAAGGGUCUUUGGCAGAAUGUCAUGAACACUCGUCUUCAGCAGCUGAGAAAAAAUCUGUCACACCAACAGCAUCAAGUUACAGUGCUGCAGAAGUUCUGGAACCGUUGGAAGUCCCGUUUGGAAGAGAAGGAGGAAGAAGAGCAGCAGGUCUUAACAUCAGUGGCUCAUGCCCGUUAUAGGAGGGUGUUGAUGCGACAGAUGUUUGACACAUGGCUGCUGAAGGCCUGCAAGCUGCAGGAAUACAGAAUGGAAGAGAAGAGGGCUGUGCUUCAUUUUGAAAGGCAACUGUUGCAUUGUUUCUGGUGCUCCUGGCGCAGAAGAACAGCUGCCUGUUUGGAGGAGCAAGAGGCCUUGGUUCAUGCAGGAGAUCACUACAGUAACCUACUGCUGCUAAAGGCCUUCUGUCUGUGGAAACAAAGUGCUCAGGAGAGAAAAACGGAGAGGCUCAAGGAGACACAAGCCUCAAGAUUUCACUGUUCAAAGUGUCUGCAGCAGACUUGGAACAAGUGGAGGGAGUACGUGGAACAUCAGCGUGAGAAAUGGAGGAAGUUGGUGCAAGCAGAUCUGCACUAUCAGCACACGUUGCUGGGCAAGACCUUGGCAGCCUGGAAGAGUUACCAGCAAAAUGUAGAGUGCAUUCUGUCCCAAGUGGCUGAAAAGGAGAAGCAGCACAGCAGAGUGUUGCUGCGGCAGUUUCUACGUACCUGGAGAGAAAAUGCCCUUGCUCUUGUACAUGAAGCUGAGGCCACUACUCAGGCAGAUGAGCACUACAGGAGAGCAGUCCUAUCAAAGGUGUUGCUCCAGUGGAGACACACUGCCUGGCUGCGAGUGUGUCACCGCCAGCAGAAGGUGACAGCUCUUACGGAGGCCAGAAAACAUUUGGAUAUUGUGCGUUUAGAGACUCUGUUUCUUCACUGGAAAGAGUUAACUAGAGAGUCUCUGAUGCUGAGGGCUCAGCACCACAGGGCAGUACAGCACCACCAGCAGCAUCUGCUCCGGAAGUACCUGGUGAAAUGGAAAAAGUAUCAUCAGCAGUGCCUCAGGAAAAUGCUGCUGCAGGGGCUGGGGGAUCACCUAAUGACUCGUAGACUUUGCUCUGCUUCCUUCUCCUGCUGGAAGACACGGCUGUUGGAGCAGCAAUGGGAAAAGAGGAAGACAGUGCAAGCAUUGUGGCACUGGUCCCUUACAGUGCAGAGAAAGGUAUUUGAUGCUUGGCUCAGAUUUGCUAAGGAGCAACAGGAAGAGAAAGAUGGUGUUGAAAAAUUCACAGGCGUUGACCACAUGACUUCUCUGAGAGAAGGUGUAACCUGGGCCUUAAGAAACACCACUGGCAUCAAACAGUUGCAGGAACAGCUCCAAGCCCAGCACCAGCUGAAAGCAGCCUACAACCUUCACCAGUCAGUGUAUUGUUGUGCUAUGUUGUGGAAACAGAAGGCUCUUUCCAAGAAAUUAAAUAACCCUUGUUCUUUUCUGCCAUCUCUGAAGAUGCAAAUGGAAAAAGGCAGCCCUGAGACAAGAGGACAUUCAUCAGAGGAAGAGUCAUGGCCUUCAAAAUGCAGACAUCUACCAUUUCACUCUGCUGAUGUGGGCUCAGUUCUCAGUGAUCUAAAUGCUAUUCAACAAGCAAGGUUACCACCACAGAGGCCUGACUUCCUUCUGGAAUCUCUAGAAAGCAAGGAACUGCUGGGACCUCCUUUUACUAGGUCAGAGGUGCCUUUUCAGCAAACACCUGGGAACAAACGUUCUGCACAGAUUGGGAGCUUAAUGCUGACACCUCACACGGAAGAAAGUACCUGUACACGUCUAUCUCAGCUGGGCAAUGCCACUCACUGCCAACCACCCCUGACACCUGCUGCUCUCCCCUCUGUACCACUGUGGACACACAGUGUGCCCUGUGCUGGGCCGAGGCCUGAGCUGAUGUCUCCUGCAUCUUUCAUGCCCCGAGUGAAAGCAGGAUCAGGAAUGAGAGAAGGUCAUCCUGGGAAUGCUCAGAAGGAAGCCCAUUCCCAAGAUCCUCAACAGAACUCUGUGGAGAAAAAGUUGCAACCAAAUUUGCAGCCACAUUUGCUGUCACCUGAAGACUUCAUGGGAAAACGGAGUCAGCAAACUGCAGCAGAAGGGAAAGGAAGGGAGCACAUUUCCAGAGAAGAAACGAUGUUGCAGGGAGAGCUGGAAGUUGAACUCCGACAAAUCCAACUGCAGAUGCAGUACUACUACAGCAGGAAGCAGGAACUCAGGUCCUGUCAGCAGCAGGCACAUAUCCUACAGCAGUGGCUGGAAAUGAGCAUGAAAUCAGGAGACCAAGACAGAGUGCAAGGAAUUCAGGAAGAACUGGGUCAGCUGCAGGUGAGGAUCAACACUCUGACCAAAGCACAGCUCACAGAGAGGCAGCAUGUGCAGGCCCUGCUUGCUCGCCUGAGUGAUAUCCGGAGUGCCCUGGAUCCAUAA